GCUGCCCAAACUCUCUCCUUCCUCUCCCCCAAUCCCCGCAGUCGUCACACAGGUCCCCCUCCAUCGCUCCCAUCUCCCCUCCUGCCUACGCCCUCCUCCAUCCUCCCUCCCCUCCCUCGUCAGCCGCGAGAGCCACCACCUCCCUCCUCGGCGUCAAAUGAAAGAAGCAUGGCAGUGCCGCCUUUCCCUUCUCUUUGUGCUCCGCAGGUGGUCUGCAGGCCGCCGCCGUUAUCCUCCAUUCCCUUCUUCUCCCGCUCCCCUCUCACGUCGUCGUGCUCACGCCAAGUACCGCGUCCACCCCCAGCCCUCAUUGUUGCGCCAGGCGGAAGAAGGACGAACGGCGGUGGUCCGAGCUCCGCUGCAUCCAUCCCUGGCUCAUCCUCCUCGCGUGUGUCGGUCGACCGGAGGCUGCCUCCUCUGUUGGUUUUCCUGGUUCACCUCUGAUCUGCGAGGCUGCAACUUGAUAGUGUUGUUCAACCAUACAUGCACAUCUCUCUCUAUCUCUCUCCAGCGAUUCAGACCUCUCCUCAUUCUACAAGCAUAUGUCACCGGUGGCAGCGAACGGGUAAAUACCUUGACACACCACUGGUUCUGCUUUUGUUCUUAAAACUGGAGAUAUUUGCAUAUCGUGUCCAAUCUUUCGACUACUGAAUGUUGGUCAACAGAAAUUUGUGUGCACACGAGCUUAUUUCGAUACGUUUGGCGCAUUUUUUCUGCAUUGUUCCCUUAAUUCUUUUUCAUUUUUUGACACAAAGUAUUAGUAAAUUUUAUCUAAAUGCUAAUUGGAGAGUAUUUUUCUUCUUAAUAUCAGUCUGUUAAAAGAUCCAUCUCCGAGACGACUCUUGAAAGGGUGUCUGGAUUUCUCCGGCCUUUUACGAUGGGCAAUCCAUAGGUGAUGCUUCUGAUGUUGAUUAUUCUGUUGAGGUAGUUGUUGAACUGUCACGUUCAUUGUAUGUGUACACUUGUGUUGUUGCUUAUCUUGUAAUCUGUUGUAACUAGGUAGGCUAGUCUUCAGGAUCCACCCUAGUCUACCGCAACCACCACGAGACGUGCCCUGCAUGUAGAGGUCUCGAUGUAUAUGUAACCGAGCUCAGUUCUCGCAAUACAGCACAGAGUUUACGGCUCAGUUUGGUAAUCAGAGCGAUGGUUACUCCUCCUUCUUCUCCCAUGGCAGAUGCCGACUCCGCCGAGGCUGCAGCCGCCGCACUCGCCGACGCCGCCGCCGCCGCUGCCGCGGCUCUCCCUACUGAACCCAGCGUUGAGGCGUGCCCCCGCGCUCCGCUCUUCACCGACAAUUCCUUCUCGGCUCUUCCUCUUACCACCCUCCCACCCAAUCCCACUGCGCCUUCUUCCUCCUCUAGCUCCUCUCCUGCUCUGCCGGCGAGCAUCUCCGGCGUCAUCGACUUCAAGCUCGCUUUGGAUGGCACCAACUUCCAGCGCUGGUGCAACUACAUCAACCUCCUCCUGGCGCGCUACCAUGCAGAGGGCCACGUGAGGGAGGGGUCGGCCAACCGACUGGCUGACCAGGCAUGGCGCGACGACGACAACACUGUCAUCCUCUGGUUCUUCACCACCAUCGAGGGGGACCUCCUCGACAUCACCGCUCCUCCUGGCUCCACCGCCUUCACCAUCUGGACCAGGAUCCACGAGUACUUCCUUGCCAACGAGGCCGAGCACGCGAUGCAUCUCGGCCAGGAGUUCCGGGCUACGGUUCGCGGCGACCUCAGCAUCAACGACUACUGCCGCCGUCUCCAAGGCAUCGCUGCCGCGCUCGCCGACGUUCGCGAGCCUGUGACUGAUCGUACUUUGACCCUGCAAAUGUUGGACGGGCUGGGGCCCAAAUUUGCCAUGCAAGCCGCCAUCAUCCAGUCCACUGUUCCCCUCCCCACUUUCCAGCAGGCGCGUUCCCACCUUGUCCUCGCCGAGCUCUCCCUCGACAGGCGCGCACGUGGCGAAGGCUCUCAGGUUCUCGCCGUCCAGCAUGAUGAGCGCGGCGCGGAUCGCUCCGGGGAUCGGGGCGGUGCCCGCGGAGGCGACCGUGGCGGCGACCGCAGUGGCGACCGCGGUGAUCGCGGAGGUGACCGCGCCCCCAAUGGAGGCGGCGGGCGUGGUGGCCAGCUCGGCGCGCACCGUGGGCGCGGCAACCGUGGGCGUGGCCGCGAGCGUGGCCGCGGCGAUGCUCCUCCUGGCCGCGGUGCGGGUGCCACCCCCUGGCUGGGCUACUUCGCUCCCGUCGGGGCACCCUUCCCUCCGCCCCGUGCGCCCUGGAUCCCGCAGAACUCCGCGGGCGUGCUUGGCCCCCGUCCGGGCGCUCCAACGCAGGCCUACCCGCUGCUGUACUCCACCGCGCCGGUGCCGCCUUCUCCCACACUGUACGCCGCGGCUCCUCCUCACUGGGACGCCUCGGCCAUGUACCACGCGGCUCCGAGCUAUGGAUCCGCUUUUCCACCGAUACAAGGUAUUUCCACCAGUGUUCACUAAACAGCUGGGCAGACCAAAGAAAAACAGGAAAAAAACACCUGAAGAUAAAAUCAAACAUGGUGUGAGAUAUUUGAAAAAGAAAGGUGUUACAAUGCAUUUCUCCAUAUGUGGCAGAGCUGACCACAAUAGAAAGGGCCACUAUAGAUGGCAGUAAGCACUGUUGAAGAAGGGGUAGAGAUGGUGGAUGAAAAUUAUGAUGAUCCAACUUUUCUGCAGAACAUAUACCCUACCAGGCCAGAUCCUAGAUUGGAUCCUAGUGAGUCACCCAGCAGCAUGGUUUUCAACAUGGCUACCAGAGAUAGAGUGUAACGCCCCGAGACCGAUGUGCCAGGUGUCCUCCAGUU